UGACUAUUCACCUCGAACUUCACCUUCCCUAUUGUCACGAGGUGAUAAUUUAAAACCUAUAUCCCCAGUCGAAUUGACCCAAACUAGAUCAUCUCCACCAGGCAGCAACUCUCAAAGUCCAAAUCAAAGUGUUUUUGAAAUCAACGACGAAAGUGACGAAGAAAAGUAUCAACCACUAGAAGAAGAAUCCCGAACUAAUAACAACUUAGAAAAUUACGAAAGAAUUAUUAUACAAGAAUCAACACACAAUACUGAGAAUAACUUUUCAGAAACUAGUAACUCUUCUGUAUCUGAAGUUGAAAUAAAUAUUAAUUCACCUCAAGAUUACAAACAAGAGGUUUUUGAUAACUAUCUUGAUCAAAUUGAAUUUAAAGCUGAAAAUAAUAACAGUGAACCUGAACCUGAGCCUGAACUCAAAUCACUACAAGAAAUAAUGGCUACAGUA